UAUACGCAUACAUGUGCAUUAAAGUUGAAGUUGUUCGUUCUUAGUAUCAGUUCAUUUUCAAUUCUCGGUUCGAAAUGGUGUAUGCGUGCGGACUGUGAUUCCAUACGUGCUAAUAAAUUUGUGUACGUAUUAACAAUAAUAUGAUUAUGCAAAUAUACGGAUUAGUGACGACAAAUAUCAAACAGCAAGAAUAACAACAACAAUAACAAUAUUUAAAGGAAAUAGAUAAAUGUAUGCCUUGAAAGGCGGCAAUUCUGCUUUUCUGUAGCUUGUGAUCAAUUAAACAGUAUGCCAUAUUCGACAUUUAUCACAGAUAUUUAACAAAAACAAAACACACAAAAACAAAACAAAUUUGCAAAAUGAGCAGCAACGCUUCUCCAUCCCUGGAUAACACAUGUGACCAGGAUUAUACGGAGUUUCUCAACGAGUAUUUACUGCAAACCAAUUCAACAUGCAACGAGCCGGAGAUUCAUUACGAAGACGGAGAAAUGGAGGCGGAAUGGUUAAUUUCAGCUGGAUAUCCAGAAUUGACAAAGCCUUUUGAGCAAGGUAUUGAGCUACGUUCAACAGAUCUGGAGCCAGUUUUAGCCACAUUAUCGAGGCCCCAUGCCGAGGCGAUUAAACAGCGUGUUCGGGCUCUCAAUCACACAGUACGGGGACGCACAAAGAAUCGAUCCAAACGCAAACCCGACAUACGAGAUGUCUUUCGUGAUUUCGAUGAAUCGAGUACGGGAACUCGAUCUCGUAGCGCGACUCCCGACUCAUUGGAUUCGGUGCAUGGCGACGAUGUCUGGGGCAAUCCUUCCAUACCAAGUUUUGUUAGUGUCUUCGAUCACAAUGCGACCAAUGACAAUGUCAGCGGCUUUCCCUCACUGAACAAACACAUGAAGCAGAAGAUACGCCGGACUCCAAGCGCUCCGCUGAAAUGCUCGACAUCCACGGAUUUAUUCCGCGGUUCCCAAGUGCGCUGCGAUAUACCCAUGUACUCCUCGGAGGGCAUUGAGUUGCUUGGAUUUUCGCGUAUUGGCACCAUUCAUAUUCCACGAAAUCGAUCCGGUUCAGAUCCAUCGUGCUCAGUUGGGCGAGUACGCGGCCAAAUUAUGCAGGAUUCGCAGAGUGAGAACAAUACUUCUUCAGGUGAUUCCAGCGAUGAAUAUCUUCCAAAUGCAGCGCGCAUAUCAUCGACAUUGUCGUCGCCGGAGAAGAUACUUAACAAAAUGAACUUGGAGUCGCCUAAACAGGAACUGCGCAACUCUCAGUCAUCACGAGACGACGGUAUUAGCUUUGAAAGUAUGUGCCGAGAUAAUUCUAGUCAGGACGGCAUUGACACGGUAGAUGGCAGCUGUGUUAUGGAAUAUAAUUCCACAUCCGACAUCGAUACCAUUAACGAGAUAGAUCUGAAACGUUUGCAACCCAUUUUUUGGCUCGAAUUGGCCACAGUCUUUGAUCGCAAUCAGGUUUCGCUGGAUAAGCGAAAACCAUUUAAGAGGCGUCGAAAGGAGGAGGGCAGUCUCUUUGGCGUAUCAUUGAAUGCACUGAUACGCCGGGAUCAACAACUAUCCGGCAUGGACUCUACAUUAGUGCCGCAAUUUCUCGAGGGUCUACUUGAAGAACUCAUGAAGCGUGGAACUAGAGAAGAGGGAAUUUUGCGUGUAGCUGGACAGAAACACAAGACUGAAUUAAUUUACAACGAAUUAGAAUCAAGUUUUUAUCAAAAGCCGGAAAAAUUCGCACAACUGCUUGGAAGCGCAAGUGUCCAUGAGCUCAGUGCGUUGCUUAAGCGAUGGCUACGUGAGCUUCCCCAGCCAUUGCUGACGAAUGAGCUAAUCCAGCUGUUCUAUCAGUGUCACACACUACCCCCAGUGGAUCAGAUGCGGGCAUUAUCAAUUUUGUGUCAAAUGCUGCCACAUGAGAACCGUAACACACUCCGUUCGAUAUUGCGAUUCCUCAACUCAAUCAUUGACCUAAAAGAUAUUAACAAGAUGAACUUGCAUAAUGUAUCCACAAUCUUUGCACCAUCAUUCUUCCCACCACGUUACAUACAUCCAACGGACAAGAACAGCAUUGCGGAGCAAGUGAAAAUGGCCGCAUUAUGUUGUCGCCUGACAAACGUUCUGAUUACAAGGGGCGAGGGUCUGUUUCAGGUUCCAAACCAUCUUAUCGCAGAUUCGCGCAAUCAAAAGGCUCGACCGGGUAAACGUGGACAUCGGCGCUUAGGAAAGACUUCAUUACUGCAUUCGACUUCCAAGCCGAGCUCCUCCGGCGUUGAACGUUCCAACAACAGCGUCAGCGUUAAUCACGACAGCGGUACAACCAUCAGUCGUCGCCCCUCCUUCAACCCAAGCCAUGUUCAUCGCUUUGUGGUCUGAGCCAUGGUCUUCAAGGUGCAAUGAAUGCCUCUGUUUUCCCCAUUUUGUUUCAGUUAUUCUAUAAUUUAUUUUGAAUUUACUAAUGUAACGACUCUUGUGCUUACAAAAACAAAAAA